AUGUUGCAACAGAAGUGGCUGUGUGGUGUUCCUGCAGACCUAUCGAGCGUGGAGCCGGGCGUGAUCCCGGUGCCGAGCACCCUGGACGACGAUGACGACGACGUCGACAACGAGGUGCCGGGCGUCAGGGGGCAGGCGGUGCGGCCGUCGCUGGCAGCCGGUGGAGGCGCGGGGGCGGCAGCGGCAGCGGCGGGGGCGGGGGCGACGCGCAGGGAGUGGCGGCCCGGCGCGCCAGACCCCGACCUGCACGAUCACGACGUCAUCGACAGCGUCAUGUACAUCUACUUCGGCCAGCAGCGCCAGCUGCAGCUGGAGCGCGAGCAGCGCACCAGGACCUCCUGGCGGAGGCCACACUCAUUGCAGGUGCUGGUGGCGGGCACAGUGGCCGCCAUGGUGGCGCAGGUGCUGACGCUGCUGGCGGCGGCACGGAGGCUGCGCGAGCGGCCCAGGGACUGCUCGGCCGCCAUACUUCUCAACACCGAGGCCGCCCUCGCCACUGCCAGCCUCGUCUUCCUGUCCGGCGUACAGGCGACGCGGUCCCGGCAGCUGUGUGAGGCCGUGUCGCUGCUGCUGCAUUACGUGCACCUGGCGGCCGCGUGCUGGCUCUUCACCAUCAGUGUGCAUGUGCUCCAUCGCCUGCGAAGCCGCUGUCGGCAACUACUGUCGCUCGCCUGCCCACUCGCUUGGCUGCUGCCCGCCCUCGUUGUAUUGGGCUGCUACCUGUUCAACCCGCACAGCUACGAGACGCGCCGUUUCUGCUGGAUGUCUGUGGAGCGAGGCAUGAUGUUCUCCUACCUGGUGCCCGUCGCCUCGCUCAUCUUUGCGAACACGGUGGUGACGGUGGCGUGCGUGCGCGAGCUGGCGCGCCGCGAGCUGCUGGAGAAGGCGGCGCCGUGCGCGGACGAGUGCUGGUGCGGCGAGGGCGGCGAGCCGGCCGACUCCGCGCUGUGCCUGGCCGGCGGCGCCGACGAGCCGGAGGGCGGCGGCCCGCAGCUGGGCCAGCGCGUGCUGCGCCGCUGCGCCUGGCUGCUGCCGCUGUUCGCCGUCGCCUGGUUCCUCAGCGUCGUCGCGCUCGAGAACCCGCACGCGCUCACGCUCUCCUUCCUGCACGGACUCACCACCGGCAUACUCGUGAGUCCGACCAGCAGAGCCAUUGUCCUCCUCAAUUAA